CCAUUCCCUACGUCUUCUGCAAUCUCGAACUAUAGCUUGUGAUCCACCUACGAUGUCUGAAGAGCCCUUGUUUGAUCCUUCGCUGAAGAAGCGCAAGAAGAAAACCGUUGCGUUCUCUGAGGACCCUCUCGGUGCUGAUGCCGACCCCACUACUCCUGCCCCCGUCGAGAUUGAGAACGUCACCGCGAACGGGGAUGCCGUCGAUAUGGGGCCGACCACUAUGCACGAGCAGAUGAAGCAGAAUGGAAUCACUGGCGAGGGAUUGGAUGAUGGGGAGAAGAAGGAGGACGAUGACUUCAAGGCCAUGUUUGGAGACCUGAAGAAGAAGAAAAAGAAGAAGGAUAUCCCUCUUGAUCUUGAGGCUGAGGGCUCGGGCACAGCCAGUCCAGUCGGUGUAGCUGCCUCGGAGGAUCUCGAUUUCUCAGAUCUCAAGAAAAAGAAGAAGAAAUCGUCCAAGAAGGCUGCGCUCGAUUUGGAAGCGUUUGAGAAGGAACUGAACGAGUCCAAGACGAAGGAUGCGGACGAGGAUGAGGGUGGAGAGGAGACCCAGUUACCGGAGCUCGACGAGGCCGAGCUCGGAGAUGAUCCAUUUGCCCGUGGCGGCGAAGGCGUGAGCCUUGACUCCGGCAACGAACCAUGGCUAAAGAGCGAUCGUGACUACACCUAUGAGGAGCUGCUUCACCGGUUCUACGGCCAGCUUCAUGCCUCCAACCCGGCCCUCCUCACAUCCGCCGGAAAACGAUACACCAUUGCGCCUCCGCAAAUCAUGCGUGAAGGCAACAAGAAGACCAUCUUCGCCAACGUUUCCGAUAUCUGCAAGCGUAUGCACAGGCAGCCCGAGCACGUCAUCCAAUACAUGUUCGCCGAAAUGGGUACCACUGGCUCCGUCGACGGCUCAGGCCGGCUCGUCAUCAAGGGUCGCUUCCAGCAGAAACAAAUCGAGCACGUUCUUCGUCGUUACAUCGUCGAGUACGUCACUUGUAAGACGUGCAAGUCGCCCGAUACGCUCCUUUCGAAAGAGAACCGUAUAUUCUUCAUGUCAUGCGAAUCAUGCGGAUCGAGGCGGUCCGUCAACACAAUCAAGACCGGUUUCCAGGCACAGGUCGGGAGGAGAAGCAAAAACAAGACCGGUUAAGGGACCGUUUGGUGUUGUGUUGUAUACACUCCAUGCAUACUUCCGAAUAUCACAUUGUAUCAUUACACACGCUGUGUACACCAGAGUAUGUAUCGCAUGGACUCCCAUCUGCUUGUAUGUCAGCUGUUGGAGGUUUACUGAGCGAGCUAGAGAUGUGGUCUACAUUGCGACGACGUCUGCGGCGAGAGACAAACAAUUCGUCUUCGCAGCAUCGCCUAAUUCCUCAACAUCCAAAUCAAAUUAGGACAUUACAACUGUUUCAUUUACAAUACAUAGCGUCCUGC